AUGGCUGCGACGGAUCGUGAGGUGCUGGUAGCCAUCUUUCUUUUGACCGACGGGACUGGUUGGGAGAGAAACGACAACUGGAACACGACGGCAGAGCUUUCCACAUGGUACGGGAUCAAGGUCGACGGCCAGGGUCGUGUCGUGGAGCUAAGCCUUCCUAAGAACAAUCUUCGAGGUUCCAUCCCCAAGGAGCUAGGCACCCUCACCAACCUCAAGAGCCUUUGCCUCGACUCCAACCGCCUAACGGGUUCCACCCCCAAGGAGCUGGCCGCCCUUACCAACCUCAAGAGCCUUUCGCUCCACACCAUCCACCUAACGGGUUCCAUCCCAAAGGAGCUGGCCGCCCUUACCAACCUCAAGGAGCUUGACCUCGGAUUCAACCAGCUAACGGGUUCCAUCCCCAAGGAGCUGGGCGCCCUCACCAACCUCAAGAGUCUUUUCCUCGGAGACAACCAGCUAACGGGUACCAUCCCCACGGAGCUGGGCGCCCUCACCAACCUUAAGUUCCUUAACCUGAUGAAGAACCAGCUAACAGGUUCCAUCCCCAAGGAGCUGGCCGCCCUCACCAACCUUGCGUGGCUUGGUCUCUCCAAUAACCAGCUGACAGCUUUCUGGGACCACUGCACAGACGUUUUACCAGACGAAGACUUGCUGCAAGGUAACUUGGCCGGCAAUGCUCUGCCGAAGCAGCUGGAAGCACUGCUGGCGACGCUUUCACGGCUGGGAUUUCUGGUCCACGAAAACCCGUGGCAAGAACCACCAGAAGCGGUUGUGAGCAAGGGGAUUUCAGCAGUGCAAGAGUACUUCACGGAUCUGUUUGCAGAAGGCAUCGCUCCUGUCGGGCGAAAAAUGAUCAAGGUCGUUCUUGUCGGACAAGAGGGUGCCGGGAAAACUAGCUUGCGACAGAGCUUGAGGACUGGGCGACCUACACCUACCAGUGGAUCCGAGGAAAGUACGGUCCAGAUCGAUGUCGAGCAGAUGGACGUCAAUGGCGUCACCCUCCGGGUGUACGAUUGCGCAGGGCAGGUCGCCUAUACAGGGCUGCUGCAGAUGUUCCUCUCGCCUCGAGCCGUGAGUCUCCUCGUGUGCGACCUCGGUGCGUUCGGGCAGCGGGACGGUACUUUGAUCCACAGCGACCAGCUGAAGAAAGACCUGAGCAAGCUCCAAGAACUGCGUGUGUGCGAUUGGUUGCGCUCGUUAUCGUUUCGCAUUCCCGAUAGCGACGUCGUCGUGGUCGCAACCAAAUGCGAUCUCGCAGCCGGAAUGGGCACUGAUGCGGCGGGGAGGAUUGAAGGCGCUAUUGGGGAGUGGCUAGAGAGUUGGUCUGGUGCUGGAAUGAACGCUGUCCAUGUGGAGGAUGGGGUGAGCCUUACGAGCUGCUUCCCGCCAACCCCUAACGAGGAUGGAGGCGCUGCGUUGGGGAAGAGGAAGAGUCCGGAUGAGGACUCAACGUGGGCCUGCGACUGGCGCGAGGGAGUGAGCGUCGAAUCUCAGCCGAGUUUGCUUCACCGGGUCAUGUACAACAGCAAGGGUAACGUUCGAGGUGCAUCCCUCGUGCUCCCUCGCAGCUGGAAUAUCGCUCUUGAGGUGCUUGAUGCUCUCGGGAGCGGCAGGAACCCCGUAGAAUCGGCCCAACAGAAUGUGCUCGCAUCGGGUGGACCGAAAGGCGCCACAGAGGUCGUCCCCGCAGUCUACCAGCGCAACCAGGGCGUAGGAGGUCUAACCCGGGCAGACCUUUCGACGAAAUGGAAUGAAGUAGUUGCAGCUCUUGAAGGAGACGGAGUAUCAGUCGUCAAACCUGACCACGCUUUGGAAGGCGCACUCCUUAUCAGAGAGCACGAGGGUUCCCUGGUCCGGCACGAGACUUACGUCUUUCUUGACGUAACGUGGCUGGCCCAAAUCCUGAAGCCGCUCCUGAACCACAGGGACGAUGAGGAUCCACUUCGUGGCGACGUGUCCCUGGGCGACACAGGCAUCACGCUGAAGGAGGACAAGCACAUCGCGUCUUGGAAUAGACUGAAAGGACACGGUGUCCUCGAACCGUCGCUUGCCAGAGUGCUGUGGCCUGAUGGUCUUAGCAACUACGUCCUCCCCGCGCUUGAUUCGCUGGGACUCACGUACCCACUAGACGAUGAUCCCGCCGAGGGGUUGGUCGUUCUUCUCAGACUCGAUGAAAAACGCCCUGAAGAUGUAGGCAAGGAGCUGGACGACUUCCGCCGCGACCAUACAGCCGUGCUGAGCGUGAAGUGGAAAGUUUUCCUUGGCGUGCCCCCUGGGGCCAUCGAAAAGAUGCUCACGCGAUGCUGCAGGCUAGGCACGCUCCGAACAUUUUGGCGCUUUGGCGUGCUGGUGCAAGGCAGUCUAGGUGGGGGCAUCGCCGCCAGGACCUUUGCCUUAGUGGUAGAAUACUCGCACGACAAGUGUGAGGUCGACAUGAAGGUGUACGGCAGCAUCAGUACCGCCGCUCCCUGGGCAGCGCUAUCGUUUGGCAUCUCGGUGUUUCAGGCGAUGUGCUCGGAGUUUCCGGGGCUGCGAUGGCGCGCCGCCCUCAAAUGCCCUCAGCAUGAGCAAGACAUGCAGAUCAGCAAGGCGGCGACUCGACCUGGCGACAAGAGCUUGUUUGGAGCGACUUGCAGCCUUUGCGACUCAAAGACCGGAGGACUGGGGGCGGCGGCGAUGUCCCUCUUGGAGAUCGUCGACGUACAUGAAUGCGUAGACAAGAUUUUCCAGGAGGUGGCCGGGAGAUUAGUUCAAGCGCAGGACCGAUAUCCUGUCCUUCGUCCAGAGGCAGCGCGAGGCCUCCAUCCUGAACAAGCCCAGCGACGAUUCGACGCAUGGUGGGACGGCGUGAAAGAAGAAAUGGGCGACAUGCUUCGCGGCGCCAGAGGGCCGAUCGGCGGGGAGGCUGCUGGGAGCACCGCUAGCGUUGCUUCAGCCGAGGUUGCGAGGCUUGAACGGUUAGUUAACGACCUCCAGCAGCAAGUGGGACAACAGCACCAGGAUGUACGAGAGCGGAUUGGAGCCGUGGACACGCGCUUGGUGGACAUGAUCGAUGCAGACGAUGGGGUGAUGGGUAGGCUCGACUUCCUCGUUGUGAUGAUGAUGGCGAUGAGACGCGAAGGGUUCGAUACACCUCGCAGGGCAUGCGUCCUUCCCCCGUGGGACUUCGCGCAAGGUCACGGCCUGUCCGACGAGGAGCAAGCACCUGAUUGUUGGGUCAAACGACUGGGCCAAUGGCGAGAGGACGACUUCAAGCAGGGAAAGGGGGUCUUCAAGACGAAAAUGCGACUGUUUCUGGUAUGUGCCGCAACACAUCGGCUUGUGCCGUGUGGGCCCAACGGCCAGGGCUACGAUAUCCAGCACCCCCGUACUUGGUUCCGCAUGUCGGUGAGCGUGGCGACGUUUGUACUGCAGGUGGUAUGCGCCACGUUGGCCGCGAUAGCUGCGGCACCUCUGUCGGGGGCCGGUGCUCUUGCCGAAGAAACGUUUUCGGCGGCAUUGGGGAGCAUGGAGAGCAUGCUGGAGGCUCAGCUGGCAGGGCUAACUCUCGACGAUGGUGGCGUAGAUGCAGCCGCGAAAACCCAGGCAGCUCAGCUGAACGCAGCAGCGUAUACCUCUCUGCGGGAGUUCAUCCACGGGGUGGAAGACACUGCUCGCCUUGAGAUUGCCAAGGCGACGAAGAAGGCUAACAGAGAGCGCCGCGCCCCUCCUAGCUCACCGGAGUUUGUGUUUUUCGAGCAGAAAAUGGUCCAGGUGCAGAGGCGUGACGGCGACGCGGCAGUACAGUGGGUGUUGAAGGAGCAUGAGUCUGCGUGGUACGAUCAGACGAGACCAGCCCUAGUGUCGUAG